AGAACUGGCCUCGACACCCACACCCCGGGUGCUGGCCGAGCCCAGCGCCACACGCAGGUGUCCGGACGCCUCUCCUCCUCCUCCUCGCUCUCCUCCUCCUCUUUCUCCUCCUCCUCGUCUUCCUCUUCCUCCUCACGCCGCUCCACCGCGCUGCAAAUGCUCAGCUUCUUCUGGCUGAGGUGUCUUUUAAAAAUGGUCAAGGGGAACAUAGUCCCUGAAGACAUCUUGAGCUUCUGUUGCAAUGGCCUCCAGGGCUCGACCUCGCCGCCGCCGCCGUGCAGCCGGGACCCGGGGGAGCGUGAGGAGGCGCCGGGGGCCAUGGGCGGCCGCAGCCCCACGGAGGUGCAGAUGAGCCAGCUGGUGCUGCCCUGCCACACCAACCACCGCGGCGAGCUCAGCGCCGGGCAGCUGCUCAAGUGGAUCGACACGGCCGCCUGCCUCUCGGCCGAGAGACACGCCGGCUGCCCGUGCGUCACCGCCUCGAUGGACGAUAUCUAUUUUGAGCACACGAUUAGCGUGGGGCAGGUCGUUAACAUCAAAGCCAAAGUGAACCGAGCCUUCAACUCCAGCAUGGAGGUGGGCAUCCAGGUGAGCUACGAGGACCUGUGCAGCGGGAAGCACUGCAGCAUCUGCAAGGCUUACGCCACCUUCGUGGCCCAUGGACCCCCCGGCACCAAGGUCAAGCUGAAGCCACUGGCCCCGCAGACAGAGGAGGAGAAGAUCGAGCACAGCAUCGCCGCCGAGCGCCGCCGCAUGCGGCUGGUCCACAAGGACACCCUCAAGGACCUCCUCACCCGCAGCCCCCGCGAGACCGGUACAGUGCUUCCCCUGCCAGGGUGGAGCAGAGGGAAUUGGGGUGCUGGGCGCGGGGGCAGCCGUGGCGCUGAGCCCCCUGGUGCCCCCCCGGCAGAGCUGGAGACGCGGGACGGCAGCGUGGUGGUGCCGGCCGAGAAGACGCGGGUGGAGAGCGUGGAGCUGGUGCUGCCCCCGCACGCCAACCACCAGGGCAACACCUUCGGCGGGCAGAUCAUGGCCUGGAUGGAGAACGUGGCCACCAUCGCGGCCAGCCGGCUGUGCCAUGCCCACCCCACGCUGCGCGCCAUCGAGAUGUUCCACUUCCGCGGACCGUCGCAGGUCGGGGACCGGCUGGUGCUCAAAGCCAUCGUCAACAACGCCUUCAAAAACAGCAUGGAGGUGGGGGUCUGCGCCGAGGCGUACGGCCAGGAGAUGUCCGUCAGCAGAAGACACAUCAACAGCGCCUUCAUGACCUUCGUGGUGCUGGACGAGGAGGGCCGGCCCCGCACCCUGCCCAUGGUCGUGCCCCAGCCGGGGGAUGGAGAGAGGAGGUACAGGGAAGCCAGCGCUAGGAAAAAGAUUCGGCUGGACCGGAAAUACGUCGUGUCCUGCAAGCAGACCGAGGUGCCUCUGUCCGUGCCCUGGGACCAAAGCAACAAGGUUUAUCUGAGCUACAACAACGUCUCCGCGCUGAAGACGCUCGUAGCCAAAGCAAACUGGGCGCUUGCCAGGGAAAAGGAAAAGGUGCGGAUAUACACGCUGGAGGAGGACAAGUUCCUGUCCUUCCGCAUCGAGAUGUCCGUCGGCAUCGCCGCCGGCCAGGCCUUCUCCCUGCUCUCUGACCUGCGGCGCCGGCACGAGUGGGACAGCCACUACGCGAGCGCCGAGCUGGUCCAGCAGGUGGACGAGGACGACGCCAUCUACCACGUGGUGAGCCAGACGCUCAGCCACGAGAACAAGCCCCAGGACUUCGUCAUCCUGGCGUCCCGGCGGAAACCCUGCGACAAAGGGGACCCCUACGUGGUGGCCUUUCGGUCGGUGACGCUGCCCACCCACCCGGCCUGCGCCAGCUUCACGCGGGGCGAGACGCUCUGCUCCGGCUUCUGCGUGUGGCCCGAGUCGGAGGAGACGAGCAAGGUGGCCUACUACAACCAGGCGACGCCGGGGUACCUCGCCUACGUCACCACCAACGUGGCGGGGCUCUCCUCCAGCUUCUGUGCCACCUUCGAGGCCUGCGAGAGGUUCCUGCUGAAGAACAAGGACGACCUGAUCGCGCGCCUCAGGGACCUCUAGGCCGCCCGGGGGGCUUGGAGGCUGCUGAUGGACGGACGGACGGACAGACAGGGGGCUGGCAAGGAGGAAGGGGCACCUCGGCGGUGGGACGGGGCGCUCGGGCCCUGCCUCCCCGUGGAAUUUGGCCCGAGCGAGGUCGGAGGGACGAGGACAGAGGGGCGUCACGGGAACGCGUCGCCCUCGCACUGACAUGUCACACACCUGGCCUUUUUUUUCUCUUUCUUUUUCUUUCUAAUUUUAUAAGCUGCUGUACAGGACUUGAUUUUCUAGUUCGAUUAACGCUACUUGAAUCUUUGUAGGAUCUGAACUCUUCCCCAAACUGAUUUUUUUUUUAACUCUUUCUUUAUGGGGAAACGUUCUCACAGUGGUGGGGCGGGCACAGACACGGAGGUGCCGCUGCCCCCAGCACAUCCCGGGCCAAGACACGGCUCUGGAGCCCUGCUGCCCCUCGGAUCCCUGCUCAGAGCAGAGGGCGAUGGACACACGGGGUUGAAAAUGGGAUGUUCUUGCAGGGUUUUGAGGUUUUCUCGGCUCUGGGCAAGCUGGAAGCAGAGGCUGGGCUGCCACCGUGCCUCCGUGCUGGAGCUGUGCCUCUCCCACAUCCAAAAACUCGUGUUUUCCACCCAAGGUGCUGACAGGAUGCCUGCGCUGAGCUGAAAUCCCGAUCCCAUCAGGCUGCCCUGCAGUCCCGCUGCCAACGGGAGCCGCGGGGGCACGUGGAAGGAGCGGCAAUAAAAGUGCAUUAAAAGGGAAAAAAAAAAAAUAAUGACCUGUGCAUCUGCUUGGGGGCGGCGGUGCUG